UGCAGAAGCCUGCUACAGCUGGGCUCUGCUGAUGGGGGGUUGAGUCCCAGGCUUUGAUCUCCUAGGUCAAUGUUGUUUAGCCUGCAAAAAAAAUCUGCCUGCUGCCACGUUUGCAGACUGCAGCAUGAGUUCUCAUGUCUGUUCCAUCAUUCAUUGUUACAGCAAAUAUAUACUAAGCACCUACUAUGUGUUAUAGAAACGGGGGAUACAGCAGUAAAUGCAACAGACCAAAUCCCUGUCCUCAUGAAUAUACUACCCAGUGAGCAGCUAGCCCAUAUCUAUAAAACGUGUACUCUUGCUAUGUGUAAUGUGCUACGUAUGUCAGAUGGUGAAAAUAAAGUUCUGAGAAACACACAGAUAACGCAGGUGUGGCAGAUGCUGGUGCAGACAGGAGUGUGGGGAGGCUUUUCUGAGAAGAUGAUACUUGAGCAGGGGCGUGGGGGCGAGGGAGGAGCCCCGUGGGUAUCUGCGGGAAGAGUAUUCUGGCAGAUGGAACAGCAAGUGCAAAGCCCUGGUGGAGGGGUGGCUUGGCCUGUGAGGACUGCAAGGAGGCCAGGCUGGACAGUGCAGAGAGGGCGAGGGGUCAGGAGGGGCAGAGCUUGGAAAGACAAGGCUGUGCCACUGUAAGGGGCUUUGGCUUUCUGCCAAGUGAAAUGGGAGCCACUAGAGGCUUGGAGCGGAGCACUGAGACCCUCUGAUGUACACUUUUAGCAGGGUGAGAAUAUACCCCAGUGGGACACAGGUGGAGCCAGGGAGCCCCAUGUUAAAGCUGUUACAGCAGUCCAGGACAGAGAUGGCGGUGCUUGAGCUGGGAAUGGCUGUGGAGAUUGGGGAGAGAGGGAUCUACGUGCAGGAGAUGGCUGACAUGAGCACGGCCAAGCUGUAUUCGGGGCUGCUGGGGGUGGGCGACGAGAUCCUGGAGGUCAACGGGGCCAAGGUGGCAGGGCUGGGCUUGGCUCACAUUAAGGAGCUGCUGGCCCACUCAGAGAGCUUGUCAAUCCGUGUCCUGAGGCAGAGACCUGUACCACGGUGACCCAGAAGUGCCACUGCCCUCACUGCCACUGCCUCGGAAGCCCUGAGCCACUGAGGGUGGUUGGCCGGGAACGUGCUGCCAAGCUGCCCUGUGCUGGAAACAUGGAUCCUGCUGGUGUCUAACCCCUUGCGCUGUGGCAGGGCUUCUGCGAUGGACUGCCUUAGGGAGAGGCAAGGAGCCUGUUUGCAUAUGUGUUUUAAGGACAUUCAUGCAGAACUAGAGAAAAAAAAAAAUGGGUCUCCUUCCAUGUCUAAGGGGGUGUCAACAUUGACUUGUACCUUUGUUGCCGGGGGGGGAGGGAGAUUCAGUGGACUCUUUGGUUGCUGCCUGAGAGCCGGCCCCGCCUCCUGGUCCCACUCCCCAUCAAAGGCUACCCCAGCCUCCAACACUGUGGAACCAAAGAAAGCUCAUGUCCAUGUUGGCCUUGACCCUCCCCUUUUUCAUCUAUGUUCCUCCCUACUCCCAUUCACUGCCUUUGCCCUUUAUCCAGAAAUGGGCAGUGUCCUGGAGUACCAGCCUUACAGCUAUUGACCAUAUAUGCCCAACCAAAAUCAGAACGUGUGGUCUGACAGUUUUCUGCCCAUUCUGGGUAUGGGAACACCUGGGAGAUGUUAUCUGGUAGCCAGAAUAUUAAACAUUUCUAGGAAAUUUUUUUGAUAUAAAGUUGAAAAA